AUGGACUCUCCAACAACGGCAGCUACCAUGGAUCCUGCUUUGGCGUGGUCCAGUCCAUAUACCGAAGCGGUCCCUUGCUCAGUCCCCGCCUUGACGCCGCUGACCAUGCCACUCACGCCGCACACUCCUCUACUUACUCCCACAAUGGUCUCUCCGGUUGAUAGCACUCCCUUCAUUGGUUAUUGCUCGCCAAAUCUCAGUGUGCACCGCCCUACCCCUAUGAAACUUUAUCGAAGUCACUCGGAGGGGACUGUCGGCAUGUCCUCUACCAUACCAAUCCGCAAAUGCGCCCCCAAAUCCCAGCGCCGAGACAAUGUCAAUGUCAGCAUGCCUGUUACAUACACUCCUGCUACACAUCGAGUGAGCAAAGCAAAGAAGGGCAAAAGAGUCCAUGCCUGCCAGUUUCCUGGCUGUUCAAAGGUAUUCACAAGAGCCGAACAUAGACGCCGGCAUGAGUUGAACCAUAACCCACAGGCAACUUUCGUCUGUACCAUCAAUGGAUGUGGGAAAGGCUUCCACCGAUCCGACCUUCUCUCACGUCACAUGGAGAAACAUGAACAAGAUGCCCUUUCCACUAAGCCAACCAUCGGUCACAAAAGACGGAUCAGCCAAAUCUCUGAUGCCUCCGAUGCUAUACCAAUGUCCUCUCCUUCCGUUCCGGUGCCUCAUUCCGUCCCAAGUUCCGUUCAAAUUUCCCCAGUCACUCCCGAAUUACACUCACUUCAAGCCGCGCAUUCUCCAUACUUGAACACCCAACUUCUUUCACCACCAUACUGGACUAGCUUUAGAAGGGCAUCCGACCCAUCUAUUGGAUACUCCAGCGUCCCAUAUUCUACAGGCGACGAGUCAAGCCUCUUCUCUUCUCCGGAGUGUUCUCGAUCUCCUUCUUCCGAUAGCAGUCAUGGGGCCCAUUUCCCGUUCAGCACAUCGCACAUUACAGGUAUCGGUAUCUUUCAUGAGCCCAUGGUCGAUCCAACUAUUAUGGGAAACUCAUUGCCCUAUGACUCGAGUUUCGGCAGUUUUCAAGCGGUCGAUUCUACAAUAGCACAAGCUUCACCACUGGUUACCCUCCCAGGCGAUGAUGAUAGCACACGCACAUGCAAUCUCCCUAUGACCUGGCCUGAAGCGCAUGGCUAUCCUUGCGAUGUAAACUUGCUCCCACCCUCGGAAUCAAUCCAGCCAAUAGUUGAUUGGGUGUAG